AUGGUUUUGUUUGCAGUUACCGUGAAAUGGGGAAAGGAGAAAUUUGAAGGUGUAGAAUUGAACACUGAUGAACCUCCAAUGGUGUUCAAGGCUCAGCUUUUUGCAUUGACUGGAGUCCAGCCGGCCAGACAGAAAGUUAUGGUGAAAGGAGGAACAUUGAAGGAUGAUGAUUGGGGAAACAUCAAAAUAAAAAAUGGAAUGACUCUACUAAUGAUGGGGUCAGCAGAUGCUCUUCCUGAGGAACCCUCAGCUAAAACUGUCUUUGUAGAAGACAUGACAGAAGAACAGUUAGCAUCUGCGAUGGAAUUACCAUGUGGAUUGACAAACCUUGGCAACACUUGUUACAUGAAUGCUACAGUUCAGUGUAUUCGUUCUGUGCCUGAACUCAAAGAUGCCCUUAAAAGGUAUGCAGGUGCCUUGAGAGCUUCAGGGGAAAUGGCUUCAGCACAGUAUAUUACUGCAGCCCUUAGAGAUUUGUUUGAUUCCAUGGAUAAAACUUCUUCUAGUAUUCCACCUAUUAUUCUACUGCAGUUUUUGCACAUGGCUUUUCCACAGUUUGCAGAGAAAGGUGAACAAGGACAAUAUCUUCAACAGGAUGCUAAUGAAUGUUGGAUACAAAUGAUGCGCGUAUUGCAACAGAAAUUGGAAGCCAUAGAGGAUGAUUCUGUUAAAGAGACAGAUUCUUCAUCUGCAUCAGCAGUGACACCUUCUAAAAAGAAAAGUUUAAUUGAUCAGUUCUUCGGAGUUGAGUUUGAAACUACCAUGAAAUGCACAGAAUCUGAAGAAGAAGAGGUCACUAAAGGAAAGGAAAAUCAGCUUCAACUUAGCUGUUUUAUCAAUCAAGAAGUCAAGUAUCUUUUUACAGGACUUAAAUUGCGACUUCAGGAAGAAAUCACUAAACAGUCUCCAACAUUGCAAAGAAAUGCUUUAUAUAUCAAAUCUUCUAAGAUCAGCCGACUACCUGCUUACUUGACAAUUCAGAUGGUUCGAUUUUUUUAUAAAGAGAAGGAAUCUGUGAAUGCUAAAGUUCUUAAGGAUGUUAAAUUUCCUCUUAUGUUGGAUGUGUAUGAACUGUGUACCCCAGAACUUCAGGAGAAAAUGGUCUCUUUUCGAACAAAAUUCAAGGAUCUAGAAGAUAAAAAAGUGAAUCAGCAGCCAAAGACAAGUGACAAAAAGAGUAGUCCCCAGAAAGAAGUUAAAUAUGAGCCUUUUUCUUUUGCUGAUGACAUUGGCUCCAAUAAUUGUGGAUACUAUGACUUACAAGCAGUGUUAACACAUCAGGGAAGGUCUAGCUCUUCAGGCCAUUAUGUAUCAUGGGUGAAAAGGAAACAAGAUGAAUGGAUUAAGUUUGAUGAUGAUAAAGUCAGCAUCGUGACACCAGAGGAUAUCUUACGGCUUUCUGGUGGUGGAGACUGGCACAUAGCAUAUGUUUUACUCUAUGGGCCUCGCAGAGUUGAAAUAAUGGAAGAGGAAAGUGAACAGUAAUCUUCAUUUUAGCUAUUUAUGUUUAGGUGUGAAAUAAAUGUUACUUGUUGAUCAUUUCUAUAAUCCAGAGCUGUAGAGGAAGAUAUGUAGGUGGUUUUGUGUUUCCCCUCUCAUGUAGAACAAAAGAGGGUGAAGCAGACCACUCUGUGGAUCAACCUAAAAAUUACAGAAAAAAAAAUUGCCUUUGGACUGUGUGGUCGCAGGAAGACAUUUUUAAAAAGCUUAUUUCUUGCAUUAAUUUUUAAAAAUUCUGAUUUGAAAUGCCUUUCAGCCAUUACCUUCCAUGAUAAAUUUUUUCUCCCUGCCUUUUUCAGCCCAGGAUUCAGCAAUCAGAUGUUUAUUGCACACCUAUUACUCUUUUUGUUGUUGUUGUUCUUGCAUGGUUCAAACCACCGGUGAUUCAUAGCUGCCCAUCCUUUGCCUUAUCUAACAAAAAUUUUGCCAGGAAGGUGGAAAGGAAGGACGUGUUGCUCUCAUUGUGUUACUCAGUGCUGCUGCCCACAUCCCAUGGAAACAUGGGUACAAUCAAGUAUUUGUCCAGCCUGACUGUUGCUGGCUUUUCAUGACUUUAAAAUAAAUUGUGAUCAGUAAUAGUA